AUGACCGGGAAAUGGAUUCAAUACCAGCUGACUGAGGAAAACAAGAAACGUUUCCAUCCCAUUACCCUUGUCCUAACACAACGCCUCAUUUCUCUUGCAACCAACAAGAAUCCUCCAAAAAGCACCGAUCGAAGUUCCUCUUCGUCUCAUCAGAUAAAGAUCAUUGCAUUCUUUUUAUUGGGUUGUUUAUUGAAAAUGCUUGGGAUUACAACUGUGUGUAGCAGGGUCAAUGGGGCCUGGAACAAUAUUGCAAAUAUCGAAAAGGAACUAGUCAAAAUGGGCAUCCCUACCACCGAUGUCAUAAAAAAACAUGAGGUGUCAAACGGAAACUCUUGGACCUGCACCCUCACGGAAGAUGGGAGUUACCAGGUGCGUGCACUUAGACAUGUGCUUGAAGUAAACAAUAGUAUAGAUGAAAGAAAACUCUGGUGGAUUAAAGAAGUACCAAUCAAAGUGACAUGCUUUGUGUGGAGGGCAAAGUUAGGAUGA